CAUUUGCACGUUUGCGGAAUCGAUUGACGUCCAAGAUAAAGCUGGAACUUGCAUUGAGUCUCCUGAUAUUUUACGCUGCCAGUUGUUCACCAAUUAAUCGUGACGACACAAAUUCUAAAGAACUUUUGAGCACCGACAGAUGGUCGGAGAUGGUACAGUCGCUCGUAGAUGCCGGAGUAAAUGGUUUCAAAGUGUUACACGUUCAAUACUUCAAGAAAGAUAUCGACUCAUGUAACAUGAUUCUGUCCAGCAUUUUCAUAGUUCAUCUAAAUUCAACUGGUGAAGUGUUUGCAAUCGUCAUUAGAAGAAAUAUGAUUCAUGAGGAUAACUGUAAAAGUAAGCGUAUGCUUCUGAGUGCUAUUCAAAACGGAGGUUUCUAUAGAGUUCAACAAUUGAUUAUAACCGAUGAAGACCAACGUGAAUGGAUGGACAUUUCGAUCGAUCAGUUUCAAGCGGAUAUGCAAACGCUAGAGCAGGAGGAUGUUUGGGUAGAGAGCUCAAAUUCUUCUUACCAAUUCGCUGGUGAUGAACGAGUGAAAUUCGUUGUAGUAUUAACCGAGUUACAUGUUCGUAUGGUGAAUACAGGAAAUGAAUACGUGGUGAAUAUUGUAGGCGAAAUUAAAUCGUUGGAAUCCGAUGUUUCAAAAGUGAAUGCUUCUGCAGAAAGUGUUUUACUAUCAUUUCUAAGAAAAAGGCGUUAGGAAUGUUGGGAUAAGGAAUAUGAGGAAACGUCCAAAUUGCGUUAUGUAACGAAAUGGUCAUUUAAAAUAACUCAUCACCAUUUUCUUAUGUCAUACAUUCAGGACAUGAAUCUUCUGUAAUAUAUUUGUAUGGAUUGUCACACCUGCUGACUGAACAUCUCUAUGCCUUGAAGGUGUAACGUGAUCAAUGGAUGCACUCUUAGUUUUUUGGACUUCCACAAAUACAGCACUUAUUUUUUCCCAA